AUGGCGGAGACAGGCGACGCCCAGAGCGACAAUCCACGGCAGGCAAUGGCGCAGCCGGCCGGCGUGUCGGCCUACAGGAGGCAGGCAGACUUGGACAUUGCAGAGGCUCUGGACGACCCAGAAACAAAGCGAAACACGGAGCUCAAUUCUCUCAUGUACCACCUAUCCCAGGGCCAAGUCGACGAGCUCGACGCGAUGUCUUUGCGAACACAAACUCCGGAACGUGUGCUACGGUCGCCGUCGCUGUCCCGACAAAACUCCACUGAUAGCUCGCUACCAACGACGCAUUUGUCUAUCGACGAGAUCUCCGAUAUGCAGCCAAAAAGACCACCAUUGAAAGGCACCGGGUCGUUCCAUCGGGGAAUCGCUUUUGAAAAUAUGGGUAAUAGCCAGCUGAACUAUGAAAAAAUGCAAUACAUUCUCACGACGAAGCACAGAGACUUCCAUUUCGACAGAGUCUCGCGGACGUUUAUGUGUGGCUACGACGACAACGAGUGCUCACUACUGGCCUUGAAAUGGACGAUCGACGAAAUGGUCAGUGACGGCGACACGCUUGUGUGUCUACGGGUGCUCUCGAAAGAAGAUGCGGCGGGCGAUUACCAGCGAGACUAUAAAAAGGAAGGAGAAAAGAUACUUGAAGAAAUCGCGACGCUCAACUCCAAAGAUAAGAAAAUAAAAAUUGUGCUCGAGCUCAAGGUCGGAAAAGUGCCCGAGAUGAUCACCAAGGCCAUCAAGGAGUACGAUCCGGUGAUCCUGAUAGUGGGCACGCACGGAACACAAAAAACAGGCUUUCGUGCAAUCAUCGGCUCCAAGUCGAUGUCCAAAUACUGCUUGCAAUACGCCCAGGUACCUGUCGUGGUGGUCGGCCCGUUGUACCAUAUGCAAAAGCCCAAGCUGGAUGUAAGCUCGGAAACGGCCACGGCCUCGAGCUCUCAGAAAGCGACAUCCGCAAACCACGAUUCCAACGAAGUCUUAGAUCUGAGUCCGUACUGUCCCCAGUGCAAUCGAAAUCAAGCUUUUCGCCUGCGCGAUCCAACAGCCCUAAUUUCUCCCCCUCCAGAGCGCUAA